AUGCUUACCCAUCAUCAGUACAACCUACUGAAUAAUUCUGGCAAGGUUUGGGCAAAUCUGGAGGUCUUCAGUAGGGCCCGAGACCCCAGAUAUCUGCCCGACUUCCUCAGUGGGGAUCCGAUCACAGGUUCAGUCCACCUUAAACUAGACAGACCUGAUUCCGUACGCUCCGUAAAAAUCUCGGUUAUUGGCCAAAUCGGAUCAUUCACAGUAGACAACGCCACAGCCUUCGAAUUCUUAAACGUCUCUCAGACUAUAUGGACGGCCAGCGCUGAUCCGCCAAUUGGCAAGGGGAACAAUACCGGCAAAGUGCAAGAUCUCGUCGGCGAACAUACCUGGCCAUUCUGUAUCAGUCUUCCGAAAGACAUCAAUCUCCAGGUCGAUGCCGUGUCUCACACCUUCACACUUCCACCAAGCUUCUUUGAGACGGGGGCAAAAAUAAGCAUCCAAUAUGAGCUCGUGUGUACAAUCGCGCGUGGACGUUUACGCAUCGACAGUAGGCGAGUCCGAUAUUCGCUCGGGACUCUCAUCGGCUAUACACCCAUCAUAAGGCCUCCACCGCCAUCAGCAUUGAGACAAAAAUCAUACAGAGAUAACAAGCCUCUGGUAGGUCUACGCGAUUGCCUUGGAUGGCUAUCCUUGGCUCCGCUCUUUAUUACACAUGGAGGCGGAAUAGGGCACGCAAAUUGCACGUUAUCGAUCGCCAAACCACUAUUAUAUACGCGCGGAACCGUCAUCCCUCUAUUGCUGAAUAUCGAAUCAUCCGCAGACGAACUAGUAGAGCUUCUGGCAUCACCGAAGGAGAUAGUCGCCAAUCUUGUGAGGUACAUACGGCAUCACCCGGAUACGCAGACGACGGAUGUCAAUCGAGUUGGCACUACCAAAGUUUUCCAAGAAAUAAUCGGAACUGCAGUAUGGUGGCUACAACAGGAUGAGAUGCAGUGCCGGCGGACAUUGCAGGGAGAGAUCCGCUUAUCUCGGGACCUGAAACCCAGUUUCUCGUUUGCUCACCUGAACCUUCGUGUAUGUCACCAUCGAUGUACUUCUACUGGAGUGCGCUGA